CUUCCGGCGUGUAUAGGUCUGUUUCCUCUUCCUGUGUAACCAAGAAAAAUGGCGACUCGCAGGGAAACCACUGUAGCAGCUGUGUCAAGCAAUUUAGAUUCUGCUGUUAAGCAGGUCCAGAUUGAGGGACUGGUUGUACUGAAGAUCAUUAAGCAUUACCAUGAAGAGGGGCAAGGUAAUGAAGUUGUCCAGGGUGUACUGCUGGGCCUAGUGGUUGAUGACAGGCUGGAAAUUACUAAUUGCUUCCCAUUCCCUCAACACACAGAGGAGGAUGCAGACUUUGAUGAGGUUCAGUAUCAGAUGGAGAUGAUGCGAAAUCUGCGUCAUGUCAACAUUGAUCACCUCCAUGUCGGCUGGUACCAAUCAACAUUCUAUGGCUCCUUUGUCAGCCGUGCCCUCUUGGAUUCUCAGUUCAGCUAUCAACACGCAAUAGAAGAAUCUGUAGUCCUAAUUUAUGAUCCAAUCAAGACUGGCCAGGGGUCUCUGUCUCUUAAGGCCUAUAGGUUAACGCCGAAGUUAAUGGAAGUCUGUAAGGAGAAAGAUUUCUCUCCAGAAGGUCUGAAGAAAGCAACUAUUGGCUAUGAGAACAUGUUUGAAGAAGUCCCUAUUGUUAUUAAAAACUCCCACCUGAUCAAUGUAUUGAUGUGGGAAUUGGAAGAAAAAUCAGCUGCUUCUGAAAAACACGAGCUUCUUAAUCUUUCUAGCAGUAAUCACUUAGAAAAGACUUUGCAGUUACUGAUGGACAGAGUGGAUGACAUGAGCCAAGAUAUCAUUAAGUAUAACACCUAUUUGAGAAAUGCGAGCAAACAGCAGCAACAGAAGCACCAGUAUUUGCAGAGACGGCAGCUGGAAAAUUCACAAAGGGUAAGCAGAGGAGAGCCACCUUUGCCAGAAGAGGACAUAAGCAAACUGUUCAAACCACCACAGCCACCUUCAAGAAUGGAUACUCUGCUCACCUCAGGUCAAAUCAACAACUAUUGCCAGCAUGCCAAAGAAUUUGCAUCCCAGAACCUUGGAAAGCUGUUCAUGGCUGAAGCUCUACAAGGUCACAUUAACUGAGGAGUUAAUAGCUGCUGAGGAAAAGAGACACGCAGCCCAGAAUUGACAUUUUAUGAAAAAAAAAUAGCUUUUGCGUGAAUUUGAAAGCUAAUUUACUGUUUUAGAAAUGUUACAAAUAAAAUGUGUUUCGCCCAA